AUGGAGCCCUCCCCUCUUGCCUCGCUUGCCUCUCUGUUUCCGGUGCGCUUUCCUGGUGUUGGCUUGCUCACUCGAGCUCGGUACUUCGGGACCUUCUUGGGGGUGGCGGUGAUCAUGGCGGUGGCGCACAAUGAACUGUAUCUCCAGUGUUUUACCUCUUAUUCUUCUAAUGUGCUCCUCCAUCUCUUUUGUCUUUUCUUAGGUUUGUGUCCAUCCUCAGCAUCCAUAGCCUCCCCCACUUACUGUGUUGAAGCUCAUAAGGCGUGCUCUGAUGAUCCCCAGUGCAAGGCCUUGUACCGGGGCUUGGCGCUGUGUGCAGCAGACGCUGCGGUGUCCCCACUGGGGGACCAGGCAGCAGGCGAGUGUCUGGAGAGCCAGGAUGCUCUACUGGUCAAACAUCCUGCUCUGUUGACCUGCAAGUGCCCGCGUGACAUUCGCACUGAGGAGCAAUGCCUGCGCAUAUACUGGAGUGUUCACCUCCUGCAAGGGGAGGAUGAGUUGGAAAUAUCUCCCUAUGAUGACACACCUAAAGAUACUCGCAUGGCCUCCUUAGUGGCAGCUUCAUCUUUGAUGCAACUGGAUGUUGAGAACCAGUGCCUGAAGGCAGCGCAGGACUGUGGCUUGUAUGAGAAGUGUGGUUCCUUGCGAUCAGAGUAUGUACUGGCCUGCACCAAGCGGGUACCAGGGUCCAACCGAUGCAACCAGCACAAGUGCCAUAAAGCCCUCCGGCGCUUCCUGGACCGGGUGCCUGCAGAGUACAGCUUGGGUGUCCUCUUCUGCCCCUGCACCAACACCCUGUGUGGUGAGAGGAGGAGAAAAACCAUCGUACCCUCUUGCUCCUACCAGGAGAUGGAAGGGCUGCAACCUAACUGCCUCCACCAGCAGAGCUUCUGUCGCCGAGAUGACCUCUGCAGAUCCAGACUGGCCGAUUUCCUUACUAACUGCCAGCCAUCUCCGGUGACUACCAGUGGCUGCCCGAAGGACUCACCAGGCCUCUGCCUUCGAGCCUAUGCUAGACUCAUUGGUACCAUCAUGACGCCCAACUAUGUCAGUAACAGCUCUGCUGACGUGUCGCUGUGGUGUAACUGUGAAGGCAGUGGGAACCAGUGGCAGGAGUGUCUGAGACUGCAGCAUAUGUUCACCCACAACUCCUGCCUGCGUAACUCUAUCAGUUGGAUGGGGAACCCCAGCUCCCUGCCUGCAGACGCCUCCCCCCCUGCUCCCAGACCUUCCCCGCUAGGUCACGAGUCUGUGCUGCUGAGCAACAACCACCUGCCUGAACACAACAUUGUGGUGGAGCGUGAGGAUGAGGAGGAAGUAACACAAACAGAGGAGGAGGAAGAUGAAGGUGAUGAUAUUAACGUCAUCCAACUGUACUCAGAGAGGGCCACGAUCUCCAACUUGGGCUCCUUCGGGACUGGGGGUGCAGCAUCCCUCAAAACCAGCCCUGCUAAACCCAUAAUACUGUUCCUGCUGCUCCUAUCUACAUCCUUCAGCUGGGAGUAGAACAGAGGAUAUAGAGAACAUACACACAAACACACACACCCAUGCACCCACGCUCAUAUAAUGGACCUGCCAACAAUCCUGGACUGACUCCUGUAAAAUUAUUGGAAACAUAAUGAAGAAAUGGACUUCACCCUUUGUCAGUAGCAUUCCCGCAAUUCUUCACUGUGCUUCCUUCCUUCCCUCCUUCUUUGAAAAUGGCACUUUGGUCAACAUGGUCUGACUGCAGCUAUUUGUGAAAGGGCAUUCACACACUCCCGUCAACCAAUAAGCAUAAUGUAGCGGCUCCUGUCAUUGGUCCAGAAAUUUUAUAUUAGUUUGAGUGGCUUGCUCACUUGUUAGCAUGCAAAUGUUAGCAGGCCAAAGUGUUGGCAGGAUAAAACAUUGGCUUGUAGGUAAUGUUGCGUCUGUCACAUCACACACAUACAGUAGUAAAUGAAACCAUCUGAGCAGAACAUUUUAAUUUCAAUCAUAAGUAGUAGACAUGAAUUUUUGACAGCUAUGUGGGAAAAAAAAUCAAUCGCCAAAUGUCUAUAAACCGGUGCCAAAAUAGCUGCAACGCCACUAUCACUGGCAGUUCAUUACAAAUAAAAUAUAUUGAUGAAAUGCAAUGCUACUGCUUAAAAAAGGACCCACAUAGCAUAUAUGUUAAAUCUGAUUCUGUACAUACCACAUGCCAUUUACUGGUCAUGUUACCAUACCACAUGCUAGGGUUCAAACAAACAUGGCAUUUUAGGGUGCAAACAUAUUAGGAAACGUUAAAAUUUUAGCAAGAGACAAACAUAACCACUAUGCUGAUACCUACUGCUGGAAUAUUAUAUUUCAAGUUUAAUUUAUUUACCUAUUUAUCACUUACUACUUUUUAUGUAAAGGGAUUCAGUUAAUAUAUUCAUUCAUCAACCAGCCACCAUUAUCAGAUGUAUGUUAGCAGUAUAGUCACAUUGUUGGUGUCAAGAAACGUGCUCCAAUCUAUUUCAAACUUAUUGAAACUUAUCAACUGGGUGGUGCGUUCUUAAUGUUGCCCAAAUACAAAUAAAACAUAUGGGGCAUACAAAUGCUACAAAAGUUUUAGCAUGCUAACAUAUAUAUAUAGCUAACUGGGCUGAAAAGGACAUCCUGUAUAUGAUUCUCAUCCACUCUCCAAACUUUUUUAAUUUUAAAACAAAAAUGGAAAGCACCUAUAGCAAACACUGUCAAAGUAGACCAGUUGUACACA